ACCACUGAAGUAACUUUAGGGAACUUUAAGGCGCACCGUGAAGAGAAGGCAUUGGAAUGAACAAAAUCAUAUUUUUUGUUGCUCUUCUAUCUGCGGAGAUUUUGACCUGCAAGGGAGCCAAUCCGUGUUGUUCAAUGCCAUGCCAGAACAGGGGUGUGUGCACGUCGAGAGGCGCCGAAUCGUAUGAGUGCGACUGCACAAGAACUGGAUAUUACGGCGAGAACUGUACCACCCCGGAAGUUUUGACGUGGAUUAAAACCAAGCUGAAGCCAACCCCCAACACUGUACAUUAUAUUCUAACGCAUUUUAAAGGAUUCUGGAAUAUCUUGAACAACAUUCCGAUUUUAAGGGAUGGUAUCAUGCGUUAUGUAUUGACUUCCCGGGCACAUUUGAUCGACAGCCCUCCUACCUACAAUUCAGAUUAUGGUUACAAAAGCUGGGAAGCGUAUUCAAACCUCUCCUAUUACACACGAACCCUACCGCCUGUACCUGAAGAUUGCCCAACACCCAUGGGAGUUGCGGGUAAGAAAGCACUGCCUGAUGUUAAGCUGGUGAUGGAGAAGUUUCUACUGAGGCAAAAGUUUAUCCCGGACCCUCAAGGCACCAGUCUAAUGUUUGCAUUCUUCGCUCAGCAUUUCACACACCAGUUCUUUAAAUCAGACGUAAAACGUGGGCCAGCCUUCACCACAUCUCUCGCUCAUGGGGUGGACUUAAGUCACAUAUAUGGAGGUAACCUGGAGAGGCAGCACAAACUGAGACUUUUCAAGGAUGGCAAGCUCAAGUUCCAGGUGGUGGAUGGGGAAGUGUAUCCUCCUACAGUGAAGGAGGUCCAGGUGGACAUGCACUAUCCUCCCCAUGUCCCCGAGGAGCACCGCUUUGCCGUGGGCCAUGAAGCAUUUGGGCUGAUCCCAGGACUCAUGAUGUAUGCCACCAUCUGGCUUCGUGAGCACAACCGGGUCUGUGACGUGCUGAAACAGGAGCACCCCACCUGGGACGAUGAGCGCCUCUUCCAGACCACACGCCUCAUUCUGAUUGGUGAGACUAUCAAAAUCGUGAUUGAGGAUUACGUGCAGCAUCUGAGUGGGUACCACUUCAAGCUGAAGUUCGACCCCGAGCUGCUGUUCAACCAGCGCUUCCAGUACCAGAACCGCAUCUCGUCCGAGUUCAACACCCUCUACCACUGGCACCCGCUGAUGCCUGACGCCUUCCACAUCCAGGACCAGGUCUACAGCUACAAGCAGUUUCUCUUCAACAAUUCCGUAGUCACGGACCAUGGCAUCCACAAUCUGGCUGAGUCCUUCACCAAGCAGAUUGCAGGCAGGGUUGCUGGGGGUCAUAAUCUUCCACCAGCAUUGAUGAUGGUUGCCAUGAAGUCCAUUGAGCACAGCAGGAAGAUGCGGUAUCAGUCACUGAAUGAGUACAGGAAACGCUUCAUGUUGAAGCCCUACACAUCAUUCCAAGAACUGACAGGAGAGACAGAGAUGGCAACAGAACUCGAAGAGCUGUAUGGAGACAUUGAUGCAAUGGAGUUGUAUCCUGCCCUAUUGGUGGAGAAGCCCAGGCCCAAUGCCAUUUUUGGAGAGACCAUGGUGGAAUUGGGAGCCCCAUAUUCUUUGAAAGGACUCAUGGGAAACCCCAUUUGCUCCCCGGAGUACUGGAAGCCUAGCACCUUUGGUGGCAAAGUUGGUUUUGAAAUUGUUAACACUGCUUCCCUGCAGAAGCUGGUGUGCAAUAACUUGAAGGGGUCCUGCCCAGUGGUGUCCUUUCACGUGCCUGAUGUAAAAGAUGCGGGCUCAGUUACUAUCAACUCCAGUACCUCACAAUCUAGACAAAGUGGCCUUAACCCCACUGUUAUUCUGAAAGAAAGAACCUCUGAAGAUAGAAGCUCUGAACUUUGAUAAAAUAGACAAAAAAGUAAAACAAGUAAAUCCACUGGAAGUAGACCAUAUUUGUGAAAUAUUUAUUAAUAUUAUAUUUAUUUAUUUAUUGUACUAAAUAUAUUUUUAUAAUUAUUUUCAGUGUUUUUUUUUACUCCUAUGGGGAAAACAUGCUGAAACAUCCACCGUAUCUUCUUUUAUUAUAUUUAUUUGUUAUUUAUUUAAUGUAUAAUUAUAUGUAUAAAGAUUUUAAUACUUGAACAAGAGUAGUUUGUAACUAUGUGAAUGAUCUAUGUAAAUUCUGUGAACAGCACACCCAGUGCCUGAGACAAAAACCUGACAAGAAAGUCAGCUGCACCGAGAAUUUUUUUAGCACUUUUUUGCAUAAAAUUGUUGCAUUUUAUGAAACUGAAAUAAAAACAAUAACUUUU